UGCGUUUGUGUUCAGUCGGAGUGUUGUGUUUCAUUAGCGUAUUACGUGCCUUCGUCUUAAAAYCGAUCAUACACAUCAAGGAAAUUGAGAUAAUCAGACUUCAAAGAAGGUAUAUGUUUUGGCUUAUUCUCAAGUGAAAACCAAUUGGACAAACAGCAUAAUUAAUAGCGAGGAUUCGGUUAUUACCGAUGUCAAUUGUCACAGYAAGAACUGAAAUUCUCAGCAUUGGYAAUGGUGGAUAAAUCCUGAACAAUACUGAGGCUAUUGCAAUGAACGAAAACCAUGAAACGGCCAAGCUGAACGACGUAGAUGCCAAAAGACUAUCAUGGAGGCGGUUGUUUCUAACCCGUGGAAAACUGAAAGCUUCAAGCAGAACUUCUGGUUUAAUGUCUGGAUUUGCAAUGAUUGCCAUGGUUGAGAUUCAGUUAGAAAAAGGAAUACCUGAAGGGAUUCUUAUUGCAUUCAGUGUCAUUACAACUAUUCUGAUAUCAGUACAUGUCUUUGCACUAAUGAUAUCUGUGUGCAUUUUACCCAACAUUGAAAGCAUUGCAAGUCURCAUCAUAAUGACUUUGACCAUUCAGUGCAAGAUUCGCCUCAUGACAAGAUGCACUCUUACAUUGAGUUAGCCUGGAUAUUUUCUACUGGAUUUGGAACUUUGCUGUUUCUAGCAGAAAUAGGAAUUCUCUCUUGGGUGAAAUUCUACAAUUACAGUCACCCAGCUGCUAUAGCUUCCAUGGUAGUUCUUUUGCCAGUUUGCCUUAUAUUUGUAGUUUUUGCUGUUCAUUUUUAUCGUUCUUUGGUGAGGCACAAAUAUGAACGAUCAUAUCAAGGCAUAGAGGAGUUACAACAGAUUGCUGACGAGCUGCAAACAGAUAACCAGCCRUCACAAGGACCAAGUCCAUCACAUUUGCUGUCUUUAUAAAUAGAAAAUCUAUCUAURCAUAAUACUAUUUCACAGGUAUUUAUCUUAAUAUUAUUUGCACACAAAACGUUUUCAUAUAAAGAUAAAAUGAAACUUGAAAAAAUGAAAUUUUCAAAUAAUAAAGACAAUACCCUGCGAACAGAGGAUUUUUCCACCCCCUACGAAGAAAAAAAUGAUAGUGGAAAAAUUCCUCUGCUCGUAGGGUAGAAAGACAAACGAAAAUCGCUCAAUUUGAACUUUUGUCUUUCCUUGAUUUGUCUUUGCAAGUUUUAAUACCCUAUUAUUUAUUUUUAUGUGAUUGCAUAUAUACAUUAGAUUCAAAUGUAAAUAACACUUCAUUUGUUAAAAGUAAAAGUCUCAUUUCAAAAUCUUUGUCUUUACUAAAGUAAAGACAAUUCCUAAGACGUUUAUUGUAUACGCUGAGCCAGGAAUGUGCGAAAGUGGUGUGUCCACCAUACCUAUCUGGAAAUUUCCCAAAAAAAUUAAAGGAUGGAUCAAUUAUUUAUUAGCAAUGUAGUCAAAACUGUAACAAUUUCACAGACGCUGUAAUAAAAGCAUACUUUUUUUGAUUCGAAA